AUGCUUUUUUUAGCCAAAGAGAAGAUUGACCUUAUCAAGCGGUCAGUUAAACAGACAGGUGGUGGACCAGCACCUCCCCCCUUGACAUCUGCAGAGGAGGCAUUGGCCAAUUCACUGGACGGGAGGCCAGUAGUUGAAGGGAUAGAUGGAGGGAUAGAUACAGAUGCCAUUGAAGAAAGCAGUCCUGCUCCAUGCAGUUCAUUGUCGGAUGCACCUACAUGUAGUGCUACACCUCAAGUGUCCGAAAAAAACAUCAUGAAGAAAACAAGGCCGGGAACAUGUUCAGAAGUAGACAAAUUAUUGGCCGAAAACCUUAAAAUGGACAAGCAAAGACUGGAGUUAGAGGUUCUGAAGCUGAGAAAAGAAACUGAAAAACUUUCGGAGGAGAUUGCCUAUUUUAAUUGCCUAUUUCAAUGUUAA